UUUCCCACACCGACUCUCGCGAGAAAUUUUACCGCGCUUUUUCAUCUCCGUGAUUGUCUGCUGGAAUCAAGCGGUCAAGUGUUGUAUAAGUUCGCCACAUAUGUUCCCAUCUCUCCCUCGAUCAAGUCGAUCCAUCGACGAGAGGAAACAUUUUGGAGCAAAGAAGCAUUUGGGCGACACUCGAUCGAUCAAAGGGAUCUACUUGGUGGCGAUGGAGCGGCGGAGCGGCAGCAAGCCAGCGGCGAUCCUUCUCCUUGCCAUCCUCGCCUCGACUCUCGCAGCUCACUCCACCGCGCAGCUCACCGCCACCACGAACCCCACCUCCGUCCUCCAGAACCGCCCCGAUUUCUCCACCUUUAGCAAGCUCCUCACCGACACUGGUGUCAUCUCCGAGAUCAACCAGCGCUCCUCCUUAACUCUCCUCGUCCCCCACAACUCGGCCAUGGACGCCGUCCUCAAUCGAUCGUCCCCCUCCAGCACUCCCCUCCCUCUCCCAGUCGUCGCGGAUGUUCUUCGCUACCACUGCCUCCUCCAGUACCUCGACGUCCCCCAGAUCAAGUCCAUGACCAACGAGCUGGGGAUGCUGGUGACGAGCUUGUACCAGACCACCGGACGAGCAGCCGGGCAGAAUGGAUUCGUCAACGUCUCGGUUUCCAGCGAUGGUCAGAUCCACGCCGGGCUUCCUUUCGCCGCCACCUCGCUCGCCACCGUGAGGACCAACAUCACCCAGUUCCCUUACAACAUCAGCUACAUGCAGAUCGACCAAGCUCUCGUCCCGGAAGAUCUCGGUCGCCCCCAAGCGGCAGCCUCCAGCAUCCUCAACCUCACCAACACGCUGCAGCGAUCCGGGAAGUUCACCACCUUUCUCAAUCUCAUGCAGAGCACCGGCUUCACGGCUGCGCUCGCGACUCUGCCAGCUUUCUCGCUCUUCGUUCCCACUGACGAGGCCUUCCAGGGGCUGCCGAAUGGAACCAUGGCCGCUCUCUCGCCGUCCCAGGCCUCGAGCUUGAUGGCUUAUCACACCCUCCCGGCCUACACGAGCUCCGGAUCUCUCCAGCGACAGAACAGCCUCGUCCAGACGGUGGCGUCCAACGGCGACAACCAGAAGUUUCUGAUCCAAGUCGCUCCAUCGGGAGGAAACUCUGGCGGCGUGAGCCUGUCGACUGGAGUUGACACCGCUGACGUCGUCUCCACCAUCUACGAUCAGCCCCCGACUGCUGCUUACUCAGUCAAUCGGGUGCUGCUUCCCAAGGAGAUCUUCGUCGUUGCCGCCGAUCAGAACAACGGUAGCGCUCGCGCUCCGUCUUCGUCACCUUCGCUUGCACCGGCUCUAGCACCGUUUGUUCCUCCGGUGGCUUCUCCAAUCGUCCCUGUUCUUGCUCCACAACAAGCCUCUUCUCCUCAAGUUGGCACCACUUCUGCUCCUCCGACUGUUGGAUCUGGAUCCGGAUCGUCCAGUCCGGCUCCUGUUGUUGAUAUCGGGAACUUGCCGCCAGCGUCGGGACCUGGUGCUGCUUCCACGGAUACCAACCAAAACUCCGCUGCUACUGCUGCUGCUGGAUUGAGUGAUUCAUGGCUGAUCUCGUUGGUUUUGGCCAUGGUUUCCAAGUUCAUGCUAGAAGUUGUUUAAACCGAAUUUGAUUUCUAUAGUUUAUAUGAAUUAUACCUCUUGAUUUAUUUUGAUAAUCUGGCCGACCAUGUAUAGCC